UAUAACUCAAAAGGAUAAUUUUACUUAGUCUUCACUCCUCAUCACGUUGCAUCUCAUAUCUCCUUUACUUCAAUCACAAAGCACACAACUAUAUUCAACCAUGGCUACCUCCACACUUCACAAGCUAUCUUCAACACUAGUCUUUCUCUCCACAAUUCUCAACUUUCCGGCCGCCACGACGCCUCAGGAGUGCCCGUAUCCGUGUUACCCUCCGCCAAUAGGCCCCGGAGGCGGAGACAACAACCCUCCAGUGACUACGACGCCACCAUCUUCCACCACCACGACAACUCCUCCGGCAUCUUUCUCCCCUCCUUCCCUCUCCACCAAUCCUCCCGCCGGAAUAUUCCCGUACGAUCCGCCAACGCCUAAUUCUUACGGCGGUGCACAGCCGCCGCCGGAGCCCAUAUUAUCGUGGUUUCCCUAUUACUACAGGAAGCCACCACACCAAGAUCAGUCUUCAUCAACUGUUGCUGGAGAAUCAAUUACAACUAUCCUCAUCAUUUUCUUCAUUUUUGGCUUCGGUUUUUUUGCAUUCUAGCUUUUUUUCGUUUGAGAUGUGCAACAUUGCUAAUGGUUACCUAGCUGUUCUAUCUUCACAAAAUUAAGAUAUCUUAUUCAAUUUUGUUUGAA